GGUAGAUGGAAGAAGCAACAGGUCCUACUAAGAUACAUUGGGGUGAAUUUUUCCGACAAACACGUAUUUAAGAUUCAAUUGUUACAAGUGAUAAUAUCCAUACUGACACCAAUGCUGUUCGGCUGGCGAGACGUGAAAAUGUCAAUUCAUUUGAAGUCAAUUAACGCCGUAUUAUAUUAUUUACAUUAUUAUUAUGCAGUUACGAUAUCAAUGGUGACCGAUUUUUUAUUCGUCAAUUAUUUGGGUAUCAUCAAGAUCCGAUAUAGCCAUUUGAAUCAUUUGAUUACGCAACUGGUAGAAGAAAAAUUAUCUCCCCCUGUGAGCUUUUCCAACUUGUCGCAGAGACAAUUAUUAUGGCGGGACGACAACUCUUACGUAUUUUAUAAAAUCAAAAAAAUUCGUCGAUUGCAUCACGAUCUCUUUUCACUCUCUAUGAAGGUAAAUAAGAACGUCCUGAUAACCUUAUGAAUUUUUAUAAGUACAAAAAUCCUAAAUGAAAUACAGUUAUGGAAAGAUGCGAUUAAAAAAUUGUCUUUGUCAAUUGUUUAUACUUUUUCUGUCUUCCAGAUUAAUAAAAACUUUGGCAUAUGUAUAUUAGUUAAUUCCACGAUCUCUCUUAUCAUAAUUACUGGACAAUUGUAUGCGAAUUAUUAUUCUUUUAAUGGUAGCGUCAUAGACAUGGAUCUCAUAGUAUACAAUCUUUUGUGGACGCUUUAUUAUACAUUUCGAUUGGUAUUCGUGAGCUACGCUUGUCAUCGAACACAAAAUGAGGUCAGCGAUUAUGUAUUAAUAACAAAGAAAAAUGAUUUUAAUCAAAAAUUUUUACAUUACAGGCUAACAUGGCUUCUUUGAUUUUAUGCGGAAUUUCCUUGCCGAGUAAAGCUAUGCAGGACGAAGUGCUUCUUUUUUCACUUCAAUUGAUGCAGGAAAACCUCAUAUUCACUGCUUGUGAUUUUUUCAAUAUAGAUCUCACUAUGCUCAGUUCGGUCGUUAGCACCAUCACGACGUACCUUGUCAUAUUAAUUCAAUUGGAUAGAACCAAGGAAAGCAGCGAGGAUACAAAUACGCAGAAACACUUUUGACUCGUCGUCAAAAUAUUUAAUUAUUUCUUUAAUUAAGUAACAUAAAUACCAUGUCACACUGCAGUUAAAAAUAAAAAAAAUUUCAAAAAGUUAUGUAUAAUAGGGUACAAAAAUUAUUAUAUGUUACUGCAACAAGCCAUUUGACUGAACUAGGACAUGGUUUUAGAAAAUUUUUUGGAUUCACAGACAUUGAAAUUUACAAAUGCAUCGAAUAAUAAUAAGGACCAAGGAUGCCUGGUAUAACAUUAUUCAAAUGCGAAUGCCUGUCACAUAAUUAUUAUCUCUUUUGAAAGUACAGUAAUAAAUAAAAUUAAAAACAGUCAUCGUGCCUCUAGCCUAUUAACAGUGAAACACAAAAAACCGAAGGACACCUUGUAUAACGUAAUUUACUCACGGCACGAAAAACCUUAAGAAUUUCAAAAACGUUGCAAAACACCAUAAGACGUAACAUUCAUUUCUGACAAUUUAAAUAUAUCUAUCCGAUUUUCAAAUUCUGCUUAUUAUUACUCACCAAUGUCUUGGGGAGGGGGGGGUGAGGACCGAGUGGGAAUUCCCAAUUUCGGGUGUGUCUACUGCUCUCCUGCAAUAUCAAUAUGAAAACAAAGUGAAAGGACAUCUUGUGCAUUCUCAUGAUCCAUACAGCAUCCAAUUGCGUGAGAACGUAAUGUGUCUACGUAGUCGGAUACAUAAAUGCAUACGCGUGUACCCAGUGACCGGCUUUUAACGUAUGGGAAGAUGUUGCAUGUCAGAUACGGCAAGAAAUGACAAUGGCUAAAGUCACGGCGAUUUGAUACAGCCAAAAAAGAGACACGCAUAUAGAAAAUCAUCUAUAUAACCAAGGGACAUCCUUAUGAAUUUUAUUAUUUUUAUUUUCUAUCCCUGUCAUUUCACGGGGAAUCAUCUUGCAAAAUUUUGCAAUACUUCACUAACCGGGAACGUAGAUAUCGAUGGCAGAUGUAUUAACUAGAAAGUAUAUACCAUAUAAAUUAGAGUAAAUUACAGUGGCAGGGAUGAAUGGCGAAAGGAUAAAUUUUGAAUUUUUUAUAACUCUUUUUACCUAUUUUACAUAUUUUUACGUUGGUAAAAUGCAUCCGAAUCUCGGAUGAUUUUAAAGUGUCAAUUACAUAGUAUAAAUUCCUUACGAUCCUAAUUUCUUUUUUAGUUAGCACUUUUGUCGUAAGUUAAUCACACGAGAUGAUCCGAAGGCAUUGGUAAAGCGAGCGGCUGCGAGGACUCUUAUUACGCAAGAGGAAAAAGUGGCUGGCCAGUAGUACACUACACGUGAGAUAGUAAGAGUAUAAGACAGAGACAGAAGGAUUAAUGCGAGAGAGCUAGAUGAAUCAGCUCUUGGGUAAAAGAGAGCGAAGAGAAGCGAAGAGGAGGAAAGUGAAGAGAACGUGUUCCGAACUGUGGCAAUGUCAUCGAACUUACAUAAUAAAGGAUCCCAUAUACGAAUGAAAUUAUGAAUACGUAACUGGAUAACUGAUUCUCACCUGUGUAUCAGAUGAUUAUCAUUUAGAUUGAAUUUUCAAGGCUUUUCAUUGCUCUGGUAAAAUUAAAUUCUACAAGGACAAGUGAUUAUAUAUAAUACAUAUAUUUGUUGAUAAUGGAUACUUUGGGGACGAUUUCAUUUACGAAGUUGCUAUUUUGAGGACAAGUGGCCGUUUUAGGGUUUUUUCAAUGUUAGCCAUCCAGUAUUUGUGAUGGGGCUUAGAAAUGUUUCAUUAGGCUAGAUUAGGUAAGAAUUCUAAUACUGCGAUGUCCCAAGGUAGUAGUUUUUUUUUAACAUGAGCUUGCUAUUGUUAACGCCUCUUGAU